GAACCUACCUGCACUUCAGGGCAUCCAUGAGCUUCCCCGGAGUCUCUAGGCACCUGCGCAUGAGCAUAGUCUGCUGUCGCACGACGCUCAGCGCAUCUUCCAGUAGCCGAGCCUGAUCUUCCUGAGCCGGCGGUGACGACAUGGUGCAGGACUGGGGAGAAUCGAGGGACGACUGCUUGAAUUAGACCGUUCAAGCUGGCAAGGCGUUAGAUAUACUAAGGAAGCAGGAACAGGCGUUACGUUAGGCGCGGCCUCAUAGCUGUGGCUGAAGCAAAACGUGGCUUUGCUGUCUGAGCUCGUUCUAGUGCAGACCCACUGAGAUAAUCAUGGCGCCGAAACCUUCUAAGCGGGCCGCCAAAUCUGGCGGUACUAAUACUGCGAAAAAGGUCAAAGGACCCCCCGAGCCGUUCGAGUCUGCACCAGACGCCAUGGUACCCUUCCUCUCGCUCCUGAAUCCAGAGUACGUAUAUAUCACGCACGUUGACGACCACCCGACAUUCUUCAAGAAGCAAAUCUUUGCCGUCCCGGUCAUUAUGAACUUGUCAAUCGCUAUAGGUCUCUUGUAUAGGCUUUAUGUACAGCUGCCCUGGUACUGGUCACUCCUCCUGACAGUAUGGGGCUACGAGACGUCGACGACUGUUGACAAGAGCAAGCAUACGACAAAAGAACUGGUAUGGAUCAUGCUGGGCCGCUCAGCGCAUUUCAUGAUUGAUUUCCUCCUCAUGCGAUUCAUCGUACCUUGGCCCGUAAGCUUCUUCACGGAAGAUGGUGGAAACCCGACGGAAUGGAGACUCGCAAUUGGGUUCAAGGACAAGGAGAUCUAUGUUCGCAGAAGCAGAAGCUUCAAGGCGAAGGACAUUCUGGAGGCUGAGACGCAGGGCCGCGAGAACCCGUUCUUCAAGGUUCGCAUUAUACCUGCGGUGGAUACUAAGAUUGUGCGAGAUAAGACUGGCUAUGCGACGAUGGGCAGUGAUUACGACCUGGACUUCGGUGUGAUGGUGGCUGCCGAGAGACUCAUAGAGAAAAAGACCUGCCCACGGGUCUUGUUCGAGAGGACUGUCUGGAUUCACUGUGGAGAGACUCACGGCUGGUGUAGAUGGGAUGUGGACGGCGAAGAGGCGGAAAUAGACGACGAAGAGUUUCUGAUGUCUCUUGCGCGAGAAGCAGCUAAGGAAAGAGGAGAGUGAUCAAAGCCACGAUGGCCACACUACCAUGAUCGAUAUAUCAGCACCUAAAUCA